AUGGCAUGUAACAUACCUAACCAAAGACAGCGGACUCUGUCAACAACUGGAGAAGCUCUAUAUGAAAUUCUUGGUCUGCAAAAAGGAGCAUCGAAUGAAGAAAUUAAGAAAUCCUACAGAAAAUUGGCCCUGAAACAUCAUCCAGACAAGAAUCCAGAUGAUCCAGCCGCGGCCGAAAAGUUUAAAGAAAUCAACAACGCCCACACCAUACUUACGGAUCUCUCGAAGAGAAACAUAUACGACAAGUACGGAUCGCUGGGACUCUACGUGGCCGAGCAAUUUGGGGACGAAAACGUUAACACCUAUUUCAUGCUGUCAAGCUGGUGGGCAAAGACCCUGUUUGUCAUCAUCGGCCUCUUGACGGGCUGCUAUUUUUGCUGCUGUCUGUGCUGCUGCUGCAACUGUUGCUGUGGACACUGCCGGCCCAAAUCAUCGAAGCCAGAAGAGGACUUCUAUGUGUCCCCCGAGGAUCUCGAGGAACAGAUCAAGACCGACAUGGAAAAAGAUGUGGACUUUCCAGUUGUUCUCCAGCCUUCAAAUGCAAAUGAGAAAACACAGCUAAUCAGAGAAGAACCUCGAUGCUACUGCACAGACUCUUGAUAGUGACCCCACUGAGAGUCCACAGGACCUCCCCUUGGUUCAGCCACAUCUCCAGGUGGUCAUGGGGGAGCAUGUGGGGCAUAAAAUGCUGUGAACUUUUCCAUAUUUGUAUUUUAUUUUUAGGUUAGGGAAAGAUGAUUGCUACAUAAUUUUCUCAGUAUGCAGACUUUCUCUUUGAGUAGAAUUCCUAAUGAAACACAUUCAACUUUGACAAAUAAAGGCCUGAGGAGUUAUUUUAUGUUCUUUGCAUGAGGUAAGACAGUGGCACUGGACAGCCUGUAUGAGCCAGCCUUUUAUGUGAGCCAGACCUGAUUCCUCACAGACCAAAGUCAUAUCCAAAACAGAAGCCGCUUUUCAUCCAUUUAACUAAAUGCAGUAUUCAUAUCUACCAUGAACAUCGUCACCAAAAUACAAAUGAGAAUUUACAAGGACUUUUUUUGUGUGUGUAGCCUUUUCCCUGUCAAUAUUCAAUAAGGUUACAGAAGUAUUUCAAGAG